GUCUCGCGGUAUCAGAAGACAGAGUCUCAACAGUCUGUCGAGAUGAUCAUCCCCAUCCGCUGCUUCUCCUGCGGCAAGGUCAUCGCGGACCUCUACGAGCGCUAUGUCAAGCUCAUCAGUGCGAAUGAGGAUGAUCCCGACUCAGAGCCGAUGCCGGACGGCGAGGCGAUGGAUGCGCUGGGCUUGAACAGAUAUUGUUGCCGCCGCAUGGUGCUCACACACGUCGACCUAAUUGAGAAGUUGCUGCGGUAUAACCCGGCUGAGCGCGAUAUUGUCAAGGUGGCGCAGAGGUAGAAGGAAGCACGUGCCUGUCAACGAGAAGGGUAUGCUGGUUACGGUGCCGCUAACAAUGCUGGAUUGGGUAUGAAUUUUAGCCAGCAGUGGGAGUUGGCGCCGGGGUUCACAUUGAUCUUCGCAUCAAUUAAAUUACGGACGGCGUUCGAUGAUCGUCAGCAGGCGACUCUAUCAGCAAACAGCGGUACUGUAACUAUUCGCCGCGCAGCUGCUCGCCAUCGGACUUGAGUCUCAGCUUUGCGCGCCAUCAUCCGACCCAGCUGGAGCCUGGUUGGACGACGGACGCUCGCCGGCAGCAGCUUGGUCGCACGACGUCACUGACACCUCCCACACCUGCUCCUCCGCCCUCGCAAGCAAAUCCUCAGCAGCCUCCAAUCUCCGCUUC